UCUCACAAAAAAAAAAAGAGAGGAAAUGCCCUGUCACAUCUUCACCCAAGUCCUAGAGAGAGACCACCACCCUCUCCCCCCUCACCUCUCCUCUUCCCCCAACCCGCUCCGAAAAUCCCAAAAUCAAAACCUAGGGUUUCCAUCUUUUCACAACUGACCAACACAACCAUCAAUCUCUCUCUCUCUCUCUAGAUUUUCUAUUCAAUUGAUUCUCCACAUGCGCCAGCGGCAAGAAGACUAUAGACCUUCUAUUCCAGAUGCGACCAAAGAAGAAGCGCCGCUAACUUUUGACAAUUCGGUACCAACUUCUGAUCCUAUGAGCACCGAUCAAUGCCAAACGAUUCCAGAAAUGGAGGAUUCUCAGCUCGUUGGAGCUACAGUCUCGAUGGUUACUGCUGACGUGGACUCGUCUAAGAGAGAAUCAGUACAUAUCGUGCCUGCUGUAGAGGUUAGUAAUCAUGUCAGAAUUGCCGAAAACAGUACGGGAAAGCGAAAGCGAGGCCGCCCGCCUAGAACUCAAGGGAAAUUAGGGCCGCCACAAGCUCCUCCUGCUUCGUCUUCACAGAGGAAGAAGAGAGAUGAAGAAGAUGUUUGUUUUAUUUGUUUUGAUGGUGGUAGUCUUGUUCUCUGUGAUCGUCGGGGUUGUCCGAAGGCAUACCAUCCGGCUUGUAUCAAAAGGGACGAGGCAUUCUUUCGAUCAAAGGCUAAAUGGAAUUGCGGGUGGCAUAUCUGUAGCAGUUGUCAGAGGGCUUCUCAUUAUAUGUGCUACACAUGUCCAUACUCUUUGUGCAAAGGUUGCACAAAAGAUGCUGAUUAUUUGUGUGUAAGAGGGAAUAAAGGAUUUUGUGGUACAUGCAUGAGAACUAUAAUGCUGAUUGAAAAUAUUGCAACAGUGAAUCAGGAGAAGGUUCAAGUGGAUUUUGAUGACACAACUAGCUGGGAGUAUCUCUUCAAGGUCUACUGGAUUUACUUGAAAGCAAAGCUAUCUUUAACAAUAGACGAGCUAACUAAAGCUAAAAAUCCUUGGAAAGGAGAUGACCUAACCAAAGUUAAAAGUCCUUGGAAAGGAGCUGGUGCGAUGGCUCCUAAGCAGGAGCCUUCAGGUGAAUUUUGUCAUAGCAAUGAUAAUAAUGGCUCCUUUUCAGACAGCUUCUGUGGAAACCUGGAAAUACAUGCUAAGAGAAGAAAAAUGGAGGACCAACCAAAAUUGCACAUCGAGGAGAACUCUGUUGUUAUGGAAAAAUCACGCAUUGACCAACUUACGCAUCUGCCUGACAGCACAUUGUGGGCAACAAAGGAGCUCUUGGAUUUUGUUUCACACAUGAAAAAUGGGGAUAUGUCUGUGCUAUCACAGUUUGAUGUUCAGAGUCUUCUGCUAGAAUACAUAAAAAGAAACGAUCUUCGUGAUCCUCACCAGAAAAGUCAUAUUUUUUGUGAUUCAAGGCUUAUAAAGCUCUUUGGAAAAGAACGUGUGGGUCAUUUUGAAAUGCUGAAGCUUCUUGAAUAUCACUUUCUUGUAAAAGAAAAAUCUCCAGUGGAUGAAACCACUGCUGGUGGUGGCCAGGUUGAGGUGGCUGGAAAUAGUGACAGUCAGUUGGGGACAGGUAGUGAUCGAAGGCGUAAAACACGUAAAAAAAUAGAUGAGAGAGGACCACAGAUUAAUUGUAAUCCAGAGGAAUAUGCAGCAAUUGAUGUUCACAAUAUUAGUUUGCUCUACUUAAAGCGUAGUUUGAUGGAGAACUUAAUGGAUGAUGCUGGAAAGUUUCAUGAAAAGGUUGUUGGCUCAUUUGUGCGAAUCAGGAUUUCUGGUGGUGAUCAAAAACAAGAUAUGUAUAGGCUUGUCCAAGUUGUAGGUAUUGGCAAGGCCGCUGAAUCAUAUAAAGUUGGCACAAAAACAACUGAUGACAUGCUUGAAAUAUUAAAUUUAGAUAAGAAGGAGGUCAUAUCAAUUGAUGGGAUUUCAAACCAGGACUUCUCAGAGGGUGAAUGCAAACGUUUGCGUCAGAGUAUAAAAUGUGGGCUUAUCAAACGGUUAACGGUGGGUGAGAUACAGAAGAGAGCAAUGGCGAUCCAGGAUGCCAAAGUUAGGGAUCGUUUGGAAGAAGAUAUAUUAAGGCUUAAUCAUCUUCGUGACCGAGCAAGUGAAAAAGGACUUAGGAAAGAGCUUAGAGAAUGUGUGGAGAAAUUAGAGCUUCUCAAGUCACCUGAAGAACGUCAGCGCAGGCUGCUUGAGAUUCCCGAUGUACAUGCUGAUCCAAAUAUGAAUCCAAGUUAUGAUUCUGAAGAAGAUUCUGGAGAAUCACACAAGAAGAAACAAGGUGACCAUGCAAGACCAAGAAAUUCUAGCGCUGCUAGAAAUGGGGCAGCACUCAACUCUUCAAUGGGAGGAGGGGAUGUCUUGAGUGAUAGAGGAAACAUGGGACAGAAUUUAGCUACUGCUUCUGAGCAGGGUAGAGAUACGUGCACAACAUCAUAUGUGGAUAGAGAUGGUACUAAUAUGGUUCAUGAGAGAGCGAGCGAGUCAAUGCAGACUCAGGGAGGAGAACAAACUGGGCUAAAUAGUCAGAAUGCACCAAAGAACUGGGUAGCUUCUACCGGUUCAAUGACUGAUGAUUGGAAAAGUCAAUCAAUUGUACAAUGUGGAUCGUAUUCCGGGGUUGUAUCACUGAAUUUACCACCACCACUUUCUAUAGGAAGAGAGCAAUUGGUUGAUGAUAUGGAGAUGGACAAACUGUGGCACUAUCAGGAUCCAACUGGAAAAACUCAAGGGCCAUUUGCUAUGGCCCAACUGCGUAAAUGGAGUACAAGUGGGCUUUUCCCUCAAGAUUUGAGAGUGUGGAAGAUAAAUGAGAAGCCUGAUGACUCUAUUCUUUUGACGGAUGCAUUGGUUGGGCGAUUCCAUAAAGGGCCAGCAUUGCCUGACAACAGCUACUUGCUGGCUCAAGAAGCAAUAGUUGCUUCUGAUAAAGAUAAAAGGCAUGAAUUUGAUUUGCAUCAAAGUGCUGAUGCCUCUCUGGUAGACAAGAAAAAUAUGGAUCACUGGAAGUCGGUGCAAAACAAUGCAAGUGUCAAUUGCAAUGAUAAUGAUGCACUUCUAAAAAGCAAUGCACUGGGCACCCAUUCUUCAAGUUGGACUACAGGUGCGGAUGCCAUCAUUCCUAACAAUGGAUCGGCUCAACUUGCUCUACAACUCUUGGAAUUGUCCAAGGGCUGCAAGUCUUGGUCUGAUCAAUCCCAGAUGUGCAGUUCACUUUCCUCACUUCCAUCUUCUGGAAAGAUUGGUGAAAUUCCACUACCUCAGGCAAAGGAAGAACAUGAAGAUGAAAAACGGAGUCAUGAUCUGAGUUAUGUAAAUGGGAAUGCACUCAAGACACCUGAAGGUAAAAAUAACAUUGGCAAAAGUGAGGAUAAACAGGCUGAUAGUGAGAGUUAUUCAAACCAAUCUUCUGGACAGAACUGGAGACCACCCAUUAAAAGUUCAAGCGGAUGGGAUUCCAAGCCGGCUUUUGUUUCUGGGGAUAAGUCUGUUGAAACAUCUCAGAAGAAUGAGGAAAUUGAUUUCUUUGAUUUGCCCAGUCCAACACCAAAGCAGCACCUCAAGGACUUGAAAGGUCAUACUGCUGAAAACAAUCACUCCAUUUCUUCGAAGCUUCCUGUUCUGGAUUCAGGAUGUAGCUGGAGUACUGCUUCCAGUUUAGUGGUUGGUGGAGCAACGCUAGCUCGAGUAGCUGGUGAAUGGGGUGGCUAUUCCCCUGCUCCUGUCAAACCUGUUGAGGAAUGGGACUCCAAUCAUGUGUCUGCCUCUUCACUGAAACCUACAGAUGGGGGCAGUGAUCAUGCUUCUACACAGACUCCAGAUAGUGGCCCACUGGCACACUCUCCCUCCACUCACCCAGUGAUUGAUGCAUCUGAUUGGCAACGCAUCAUUCCUGAACCUACUGAGUUCUGCUCUUUAGUUGAUGAAUCUGUUUCAGAUCUGUUGGCAGAAGUUGAAGCGAUGGAGUCUCUUGGUGGUUUGCCUUCUCCUACUUCAAAACUGCGGUCUGCUGAGGAAUUGACACGAGGUUAUGAUGAUGAUUGCUUCAGUCCUGUUGAUGGGUUUAGCCCAGCACCUGAUCCAGGCAAAAGUGAUGCAUUCAGUUCGACUGCUGAUAUACAAAUACCUUCUCACUUGACUGUAGCGAGCGAAGCACUGCUGUCAUGUCACAUGCCUUCUGAGCCCACUGUCAUAGAUAAACCACUUGCUGUAUCUCCAAUGCCUUCUCAGUUGACUGCAGUCAAUGAAUCACUUAGGAUAUCUUGCACGCCUUCUCAGUCCACUAUCACAGACGAACCACUAGAGAGAUCCCAAAAGCCUUCUCAGUCGACUUUGAUAGAUGAGCCACUUGGUUUAUCGCAGAUUGAUGUUCCAAACCCUCAAAAGAGCUUCAGUGAACAUUCUUCCACAAGUCCUGAAGUGGAAGGUAAUACUAAGCCCAAUGAUGUUCCAGUUAACGAAUGGGAAAAAGGUUCAGAAAUACAGCCUCUUGUGUCAUUAGCUGGUAACCAGGGAGAAUCAGGUGCAGACAUCCAAUCCACAACUCCAUCCACGGCCAGUCAAUUGGAAGCAGGUUCAGAUGUUCAACAACCCACACCAUCCCACGGAGAUGCUGGUCAGGGAACCAUAAAUGAAAGAGAAGCACAAGGAAACACGAACAUGGUUUGGGGAAACGGUCAUGGCGGCACAGGUCAGCAACAUGCUAGGACGAAUGGAGCCAAUUCUGCAGGGAACCCAGGCAGUUGGGGAAGCCAACCAAGGUAUGGCGGGGACAGAUUUUCUGGUCCAAGAGACCACCGUAACAAUUUUCAAGGCAGAGAUAGAGAUUCUGGUUUUGGUAGGGAUAGGUCAUCAUGGAACAAGCAGCCGUUACAUGGUGGUGGAAAUGGAGCUAGUACAUAUAGACCUCCGCCCAAAGGGCAGCGAGUAUGUAAAUUUUACGAAAGCGGAUACUGCAAGAAGGGGGCAUCAUGUAGUUAUUGGCACCCAUGAUAUUUAGGUUCCACUUUUCCAUAGGAAAAUUGUGUGCAUUUAAUUCUGUAAUCAUUAUUUGUAUCAGCAAUUCUGCCCCCUUGUCAAUGUUCUAAUUUAACUCGUGUAUUGAGGUGGCAUGAAUACAUAUAUAUUCUUUGGAUA